CCCAGGCCAGGCUGGGCGGGAAAAUGGCUGGAGAGGGCAGACAGCUCAGCACCAGGAUGUCCUCAGAAAAUCAGAACAUAGACAACAGGCUCUUCUUUGAGACUGUAUUCAGGCACUUCAAAAGACACAAGGUGCAGAUUUCAAGUGCGAUAAAAAAGACAUUUCCUUUCUUUGAAGGCCUCCGUGACAACGAACUCAUCACCAGUAAAAUGUAUGAAGACUGUCAAGAUUCUUGUAGAAACCUGGUCCCUGUACCGAGAGUGGUGUACAAUGUUCUCAGUGAGCUGGAGAAGACAUUUAACCCAUCGCUUCUGGAAGCUUUGUUCAGUGAGGUCAACAUGCAGGAAUAUCCUGAUUUAAAUCACAUUUAUAAAAGCUUCGAAAAUGUGAUCCAAGAGAAAAUUAAUUAUGAAGAAAGCAACGGACAGAAGAGGCCUGCCAUCCAACUGAGCCUUGAGCAAGGAACUGGCGGAGACUUUCAUUCCGGCCCGACCUCUUCCCAGGCAGUCCCCUUGUCUCGUGAUGGUAUGACCCCAAAUGAAAAUGGACUCUCGGAUCACCUCAGUGAAACAGAGCAGAUGAAUGCGAAGAUGAAAGAUAGAACCAGCGAUCAAAAUGGUGCUCUAGAAAGCCAACAAGCAAAUGGACAAUGUGCCCAAGAGUCUGAACCAGCAGGAGCAGAGCCAUCCAACCACGGACUACAAAUCAAUUCCUGUUCUGUCCAUCUAGUGGAUAUAAAGAAGGAAAAGCCAUUUUUUAACUCAGAAGUUCAACUGCAAGCCCAAGCAAGGACUGACUAUAACCAGGUGUCUGACAUAAUAGUGAUCAGCAGUGAGGACUCUGCAGAAUCCAGUGACGGAGACGAGUUCCCAGAACCCUCCACACCAACACCAAGAAGGGCGGCUGGUAAGGAAGGGGGAGAGCAAGACCAGGGAUGCAGGAAUCUGCAGGAGACCUACAUGGAUACCCUGCUGCCUGUGAACUAG